AUGAAAGGGUUUGUCUUUCACGGUCUCAAGAUUCCUGAAAAACUCACUGAAGAACGACUCUGCGAAUAUCUUGAAUUAGGUUGGCAAAGGAAUAAGAACCCGCGGAAGAGGCUGGAUGGCUGGAGGAAGUACAUAGGCUUCUACAUGGGACAGGGGUUCGACACUGACGAAGACUGGAGCGAGGAUGAUUGGAACGAGAAUGAACGAGCCUCCACGCCACUGUCAGUAGAAGAUGGCGAGGAACGCAAUGAGAUGCCCGAGCUCGAUGAAAUCCAGUCUCAGCUCAGCCUCAAUCUCAAUCUGCUGGCUCCGGAAACUGAAUUAGAAGAAGGAGAGAGCGGGAAAGAAAUUAAUACAACGAUGGAGGCGCAGACUGGAGCUGUGUCGAGUGAAGCUAGCUUGCCCAAACUCGUCCCUCUCCAGACAUUCGAAGACACUCCGUCAGAGACGGAAGAUGCUCGCUCAAGCGAGCCUGUCCCUCACGUCGAAAUCGUCGAGCAUACAAUCAAGCUUGAAAAGGUCGGCAAUACUCCUUUAUCGAUGUUGAUGGCGGUAGCGGAUGCAAAAGUAAAGGAAAAAGAGAAGCUUGCUCAAAAACGAAAGAGUGCCUCUUCCCAGAACGAAGCCGAGCCGGCAAAAAAGUAUAGACGCUCAGGAGCUCGGCAAAGCUCAAUCAUCAGCUUCACCGCGAAGAACAGAACGGCGGUCGUCCGAACUAUCCGAAAGUUCGAGCCCGUUUCAUCUACACGGCCGUCGUCUCCAGCAAGCUCUGAAGAUUCACAGCAGUCGACUCUGACGAACGAUUCCGAAGACCAAGAAUGCAAGAAGUGCGGCUGGAUUGAUAGCAUCCCGCGCGUUUACCAAAAACAGUUGGGCUUCAGGAGAACUGCGCUAUACGAGGAUGAACAUAAGCACAAGCACCAACUGCUCACGUGGCGAAAGAAGACAAAGCUGACUACGCACAAGUGUUCAUUCGGCGAAAUUCAAAGCGGCUCAGUUCUAAGCAUGGACCCAGAAGUGAAGCCGCUUCUGGAGUUCGUUGACGAGCUUCUUGGCGAAUACGUCCGAACUGCUCCUCGACGGGUCUUCUGCGCUAUCCACAAAGGGAUGGUGAUCGGAAUUGUAGCCUGGCAAGGCUGCAAGAGAGCAAUGCUUGGCAGGAUCGGCGAGGAAGGCCAAAUUUGGCAACUAGCAGGUCAGGAACGAUUCGACGUCAAGCUUGCUAUUGAUCGCAUUUGGGUCGCUCCUGGUUGGCGACGAAAAGGUCUCGCCACCUUCCUCCUCGACAACAUCCUCUACCCAGUGAAGAUAAAAAAGGAGUUGAUGUGUUUCUCGGACCCGACCGCCGACGGCUCCAAAUUCGCCACAAAGUAUUUUAAUGGACGUGUGCUCAUCGCAGAAUGA